AUGGCCGGCGACAAGACCUACAUUGAUAUCUCUAGAGCAAAGUGUGAGCAAAGGGAUCGGCUUAUAAGAGACGAGUGGAAGAUUUCUCAAAAGCUAGCCCUUGGCAACAAUGUUCUUGAGGUACCCAGGACCUGUGGUGUUCUAUCAGAGCGCGAGAUCAACAUCACCGAGUACAACGACGCCCUUGACAUCAUUGAGAGAAUUCGUCAGCAAGUGUAUACUGCAGAGGAGGUCGCUUUAGCUUUUUGCAAGCGUGCUGCUAUCGCACAACAACUGACCAACUGUCUUACGGAGAUCUUCUUUGAAGAAGCUAUCGAACGGGCUCGCCAACUUGACAAAGAGCGAGCAGUCAACCCAUCUACGCCUUUGAAGCCCUUGCAUGGACUCCCCAUAUCGCUCAAAGACUCCUUCAACAUUCCUGGUCUUGACUCAACGAUCGGCAUGACCUACUUUGCCAACAAGCCAGCUACUGAAUACUCCGCUCUUCCAAAGUUGCUACUGGAUCUUGGUGCAGUGCUCUAUUGCAAGACCAACGUACCACAGACCAUGAUGACUGCAGACUCCGACAACAACGUCUUUGGCCGAACCCUCAAUCCAUCGAAUUUGAAGUUGACCGCAGGCGGCUCUUCCGGAGGCGAGGGCUCUUUGAUCGCCAUGAAAGGCAGUGUCUUAGGUAUUGGCACAGAUAUCGCGGGUAGUAUCCGCAUCCCCAGUGUUUGCAAUGGCAUCUACGGCGCCCGGCCAAGUUCUGGCAUCGUUCCAUUCGCUGGUCAACAAUCACCAGAAGAUCCGGGUAUGCCUGGUAUUGAAGUGGUGGCCGGUCCUAUGGCUAUAUCUAUGAGAGCAUGCUCCUUCUUUAUGAAGACCAUAAUGAGCGCCGAGCCAUGGCGCUACGAUUCAUCUUGCCUGCAUCUUCGCUGGCAGGGCCAACUAAACAGUCGUAAGCCACGCAUUGGCGUAGUGUUUGACGACGGCCUCUAUACGCCUUUUCCGCCAGUCCGUCGCGCUAUCCAAGAGGCUGCGCAGAAACUCCGAGAUUCAGGUGUCGAUGUUGUAGAAUUGCGAUUGCCAAAUGUAGCAGAAGCAGUAGGCAUCACAUACGGGAUGUUUGCACUAGAUGGCUGUCAGUUUGUUCAAGAUCUCAUCAAGGCAGGCAAGGAGCCGGAAGUCGAGUCUGUCAAGAGGGUCAACUUAGCCGCCAUCCCCAAGAGUAGUUUGCAAGACUAUAUGGACCUGAAUGCUGGUAGACGCAAGCUACAGGCCGUCUAUCACGACUUUUGGCUCGGAAACAACUUGGACGCUCUCAUACUGCCUCCCGCACCACAGACAGCGACACCUUUCGACGAAUGGGGACCGAUUAGCUAUACUAUGCUGUGGAACUUCCUCGACUACCCGGCCACUAUCAUCCCAACUGGAAGGGUACAGGAGUCAGAUGUUGUCGAUGGAGAAGAGUCUGCCUUAUACAGCGAAGCAGAUCUGAAGAACUACAAGCUUUAUGACUCUACUGAAACAUACAGAGACGCGCCCCUUUCUAUCCAGGUUGUGGGCAUGAGACAAGAGGAUGAAGCAUUGGCUGAGAUCGCUGGACUAGUGGACAGUAUUCUGAACCACUCCGAGACAGGAUGA